UUCUUUUUGAAACAGAAAGUCGUACUUUGUACAGUAGGGCGCACAGAAGAGGUUACUCAUGGCUACUGCUGGUGUCAAGAUUCCUGAGAAUAAAGGUCUUAAACGCAGAAAAGAAAAUGAGAAUGUAUCUGAAGUUUCUGAUGCAACACCUUCAGAGGCUAAAGAUUCAGCUAUUCAGUCUGAGAAGUCCGUUUCAUUUUAUAAUGUGGAAGCCAUGGAAAAGAUUUUAAAUGAUAUGAAUAAACAGGUUAACCAAUUGUUAUCCACAUAUGCUCAAAUGUUAAGGCAAGUAAAUAUGAACCUGCAACUUAUUUAUAAUGUUUUUGGUCUUGUUUGUAUAAAGUAUUGUAUUUAUAAAUGA